AUGACUAGUUAUUCUCACUCCGUGAUCUUCAUCUUAGGUGGUAUGAUCUUACAUUCACAGCUUGAAGGGAGCUGGCUGAUGAACAUGUUGCCAUACAAGAGAAGGAAUAAUAAUAAAAGAAAGCGAACCAAUGAGGAACGCCUUAGAGAAACCCAGACAUCUCACAAAAGGAAGUUCAACAAGUUGAAGCAGGAGAAGGAAAACGACCUUGUGCUAUCAAAAAGCGUUGAGGCGUUAGAGAAAUAUAAGAUUCCAGAGGGUGCACGGGCUCUUCUCCAGUCAUCACGAAAUAUUGGCCAGGUUGAGUCCAGAAAGGUUAAACGCAGCAAAGGUUUACUCCACUUGAAACUUACAUCCCAUGCUUCCAGUGAAAGUGAACCUGAGUUGGAAAUAACUCAAUCUACAAUGCUACUUUGUGGCACAAGGCCUCCUGAUAUUCAUAACAACUCUUUACCAGAAGAUGGAACUUCUAGCAUGGAUCAUAACUGGAGUGAAAGCAUAAACUUCAUGGAUAAAGUAGAAGAGAGUCCUGAUUCAAGUUACAGCUCAAAGCUUCCUGCACCAAGUAUUCUGAAAGAUCCGAAAAAUAGGCGGCAUGUAUCAAGACCUCCUGAAGUGGUAAAGGCAAGGAGUGAUAUUCCUAUUAUAAUGAUGGAGCAAGAGAUAAUGGAGGCCAUAAAUGAAAAUUCCACUGUUAUUAUACGCGGAGAGACUGGAUGUGGUAAAACAACCCAAGUUCCACAGUUUCUUUAUGAAGUUGGCAUUGGUUCAAGUGUGUCUCCUCUUGGAAGUGGUAUCCUUGGUGUUACUCAACCCCGUCGCAUUGCAGUCUAUGCUACUGCUAGUCGUGUGGCAUAUGAGCUUGGUGUACGCGUGGGUGAGGAGGUUGGGUAUCAAGUUAGAUAUGACAAAAAGAUAGGCAAAAGUUGCUCCAUCAACUUCAUGACGGAUGGAAUAUUGCUACGAGAACUCCAGGGUGAUUUUUGGUUGAAGAGAUACUCUGUUAUAAUUCUUGAUGAGGUGCAUGAGCGGAACUUGAGCACAGAUACACUCAUUGGAAUGCUUUCACGUGUUAUCAUUUGUCGUCAGAAAGAGUAUGAACGUCAGCAGGAGUUUUUGCAGCAGUACUCACAUUUAGGAAUAUCUAUAGAUCGGGAGAAACUUGUUUUUCCACUGAAGCUUGUGCUUAUGAGUGCUACCAUGCCAGUGGAAGACUUCAUUUCUUAUAGGAAGCUGUUUCCUGACCCCCCACAAGAGAUAAAUGUUUUGUCUAGACAAUUUAAAGUAGACAUUCAGUUCUCAACGACAACUAAAGCUGAUUAUACUAAGGAAGCAUGUAAAAAGGUCUUGGAAAUUCACAAGAAUAUGCCACAAGGAGGCAUACUUGUGUUUGUCACUGGGUACUGGGAAGUGGAGGUAUUGUGUAAACAGCUACGUAGAGCUUCAAGGGAACUGACUAUGAAAAUAAAAAAAGGGUGUUGUGUGAUGGAAGGUUCUGUAAUAAACUCUGUUGGAGAGAUAAAUAUGAAGGAGAACAGCGAAGCAUUUCAUUCAGCCAACCAUCAGAAUGAUGUAUUUAGUUACACUGAUGAAGAUCAGUGCGAGGUAGAUGACGAGUUUGGUUCUUCAUAUGAUACAGAAACAGAGAGUGAGCUGGAAAUUAUUGGUGACGAUGGGGAUUCAUUGUGUCAAGAUACCCCAGAAGUCUAUGGUGAGGUUGCACAGAUUUUAGGAGAGAACGUGAGCAUUGCAUCACUGAAAGCCUCUUUUGAAUCAUUGGCUGGAAAAUCUUCUUCAGAUUCUACUUGCAAAGAACCUAUUUCAUGAACUCUAGACUCUUGCUCUAGCCAAUCCAAUCAU